ACAGGAAAUGGUCCAACUUCAUCGAAGCCUGUUUUGGUCAAUGCAAGGUUUCGCAUAAAAAUACUUUUACAUAGUAAAAAUGUGUUACUGAUAUCUUCCUUUAAGUACAAAGUAUAUUUGGAGACGCGUAUUGUGUGUAUGUUGUUUUAUGACAGAGUCGAACCAAUUCGGCGAAAGAAAUAAAGAAUGGACACGAAGAUAAAGGUACCACAGGCCCCCAAAGCUAAAGUAAUGUUAUGGACGGAUGUAAGCUACCAUGACAUGGAGGAGAUCGACAAUAUGCAGUCUAUUCCUGAUCUGGAGAGUGUUUUGUGCAGUGUGCUUGGAGUUGACCUCCCUGAACCAAAAAGAGGAGUUCUGCUGGAGUUGUAUGUCCAGACUUUGCUUUUUAGCAGAGAGUGCAGCUUCAAAAAGGAACAAACUUCUGCUCUGUUGUCCAUCAUCAAGUCCAUCCAUGAGGCUAACAUAGAAACGCCACUCGACAACAUCGAACAGUGUUUCAUAUACUGCAAGGAGCUUAUCCUCUGUCACUCAGUCAGGCGACCUCCCUUUAGUGUCGACCUCUUCAGCUCUAAGGAGGUGGACUGUAUCUUUGAGUACAUCCAUAACAGCUAUAUGAGACACUACAAACUCUACAAAUACAUCUUUACUCCACAGGUGAAACUUGAUUUGUCUUUGACGUACUCUGGGAUGCCAGACCAUGAGGAUUCUUCUGCUUCAGAAGUAGCAGAGGUUGUACCAAAGAAAGAUGGUUCUCCUGAGACACAGGAAACAUCCAUCACAGAAGAGGACACCACAGCCGGUCCCGCAUCAGAACUGAAGGCACUGAUAGAGACAGAAGUCAGAGAGCAGAUGAUGCUUGUGUCUGGACACCUAGAUCAGCGAAUGAAAGAUAUUGCAGAUCAGCACAACAGGGCAUUAGACUCUCCACAGCACAACCACAAGGCCAGAAAAUAAUGACUGAAUCAAAGUUUCCUUUUACCUUUCCAUUCAAACAGCCAAUAUGAUGAUUUCCAUUAAACACUAGCACAAAAUAAGAUAAUUCAAACUAAAACAUUUAUUCUAUGGUCAAUGAAACCUUUUUAUUCAUAUAGAGUACAAUGUAUUUCUGCAUUUGUACAAUUACUGUACAUUUCUCAGGCAGGCACUUUCAGGAAAGUGCCACUUUUUAAACUGAAGAAUGAACUGAGUAUGGAAUGGUGUUGGUUAGUUAAGGUAGGAUAUUCAGUCAAAGAUGGUCUUCACAGUUAGUGUAAGUGGCCUCCCUAUUAAGGAAUGUCUGCAUGCAUCAUAGGUAAAUAGUUUUCUACCAAAAACACUUCAGAUACUGUAAUAGAAUGUUUCACACAUGUCCCCUGGUAGUUAUUUGUAACACUGGAAUAUCUGUAAAUCUGUGUUUCAAUACAAUAUAUUAUAUAAUUAUCUACUAAAUAAUUAA